CGCGAAGUCGCAUAUUAUACGGUGGCAUCCUCGUGAAUAUCGUAGCGUCGAUUGCCUUUGUUUUGUCAUGGAAAUGUCCAAGUCGUUGCAGAUUGUGAGUAGGGCAGAAAGGUAUACGGCUAUCCUCGUGCAUCGACAGUUACUCGCCUUAUCCUAGUACUCAUAAUUUGCAAAGUGGUACGAUGAAAGCAAAAAUGCACAGCGAAAUCGAUCGGCACUUCUUGCGUCAGUCGUUCGACAUUGGAUACAAACGAAGUAGGACUAGUAUGAUAGGCUAGGGACUUUCUUACUUCAAGAACACAAAAAGGUGAAUCCACAUGAGCCAGAAGCAGAAGUCGAUGAAGUGUUACAAGAAGCCCAUGAUUCAUGUUUAUGCUGAUGUCACACAACAAAUACGAACCCAAGAUUUUAGUGUGCCUCUUGCAAUUCUGCGAGAGAGUGCUACUCAGCGGGGCCAAGCCACAACAAGUAGGGGUGCCGUGGCUGUCUGGGGGACUUACAACUUAUUAUCUAGAACUACAUCGUCGAGUUCUACUUAUCACACAUAGAAAUAAGAGUAAGGAAAAGGAUAAGAAAAGAACAAGAACUAUGUCGGGAUUCUUCGGCGUGACGUCUCUGGGUCCAGCCCAGCCGAUUGGAUGUAACCUCCUGUCAACCCUUGGUGUAACAAGUUUCAGCGACAACGAUUUCAAAAAGGCAUUUUAUACGCUCGCCGAUCGGGAAGGCAAGAUCAACAGGAUCGACGUGUAUCUAUUUGCAUUGAUGAAAUUUUUUCGAUUUACUUGGGCUAGCAAAUGAAUCUGCUAGAAGAUGUAGAUCAAAAACCUAACUUAGACCACUCUGCUGGUAAAUUUACAUUUGUUUUUGCUACUAGGCUCCUCGGAGUUCUACAAAUUCUUAUCUUUUUCUUUAGGUACGAAUGCAUGACUCGAACUUAUGGUUUUGAACCCAUGCCGGAGGAAAUCAACAUCUUCGUCUCGACUAUGAAGCUCCACGAAGAUGGUGUGCUAACUUGGGAGGAGUUCUCUGGCGGUCUCAAAGCGAUCCGCGAGAAAGUGAAGAAAAUCGGCAAGCGAGCGACACAGUAUUUCUAUUUUGCUCGCGGGUCAGUCGCUGUAAUGCUGUUGUAUGCAUUGAGACAACAAGAACUACUCAGGAGGUUGGUCUGUGGACGAUAAUACAUAUGUUUAUGUACUUCUCGCAUUUUCUUCUAGUACAACAAGUUUAGUUAGUGGUAUCUUCAUCACUUCUUCCUCUUCGUCUUCCAAUACUCUACCCGCUUACAACAGCUAAAGUCUCUACUUAGUCACAGACAAAAGAAAAAUUCUCCACUUACAACAGCUACGAUUCGUACAAAGACUACUCUGAUGAUCUCCGCAAGCAUGCGCGCGUGAAAUUCGGACCAAUGGAAGUUUACAAGCGGCCGAUGACAACUGCGCAAGCUGUUGGAUGGCAUGAGGAAGAGGUACACCUUCAUGAUAACUAGUGCUGCACUUUGACAUUACUAGUACUGCACUUUGACAUUCGGCUGCUCUUCUCUUUGAACAAGAUGAUAAUGAUUGAAAUAUAUACUAGCUUGGAGCGCCCGAUAACACCCCCUCGCACUAGGAUUCUCCUCCUCCCGAAGUAACCCGCGGAGCGCUAAGCUCGCCCGAGAUUCAAUCCCUUGGAUUUGAAUGGCUCAAAUCCAAAAGUUUUCGAUUUUAGCGAGUUUUUUCUGGCGUUCAAUUUCUUGGAUUUGAGAACCCAAAUCCAAAAAUUUCCGACUUUAGCAAGCUUGUCGGGGAUACAAUCCCUUGGGUUUGGAUUGGUCAAAUCCGAACACUUUUAACUUUGGCGAAAACACAUCGGAGCACUUCUGGGAUUCUAUUUCUUUCCUCAAAUUCAAAAGCUUUCGACUUUAACGAGUUUCGCUGAGAUUCAGUCUCUUUGGUUUGGAUUGCUCAAAUCUAAAAACUUUCGAUUUUAACGAGCCCUGCUGCGAUACAAUCUCUUGGAUUUGAAUCCCUCAAGUCAAAAGCUUGCGACUUUCGCAAGUUUUUCCGCGAUUCAACUUCUUGGAUUUCAAUUGCUCAAAUCCGAAAAUUUUCGAUUUUAGCGAGUUUGUUUCUCAGAAAUUCAAUUUCUUCGCUUCCAAUUUCUCAAAUCCAAAAACUUUCAAUUUUAGCAAGGUUUUCCGAAAUUCAUUGUCUUGGGUUUGAAUUCCCCGACUCCGAAAAUUUUUGAUUUUAGCGAGUUUCUCUGAGAUUCAAUUUCUUGGAUUUGAUUCGUAGGCUAAAUCUCUUGGGUUUGAAUUCCUCAAAUCCCAAAAUUUUCGACUUUCGGGAGCUUUUCCGGAAUUCAGUUUCUUGGAUUUGAUUCGCGAGCUCUCGUAAGUUCCUAAGUUCCUAGGUUCCAUCCUACGUAGUUCGUAAGUUCGUAAGUUCCUAAGUAGUUCAGAAGUUCAGAAGUUCACUCGUAAGUUCGUAAGUGCAUAAGUUCAGAAAUUCAGCUUCAGAAGUUCAUGAGUUCAGGAGUUCAAAUGUGAAAGAGUGAGAGUUUGGGGCUUCGGGUUUGGAAGUGAGAGAGUUAGAGUUUGGCGGGGUCGUUGUUGUUUUUUAAUUUAGCUCUUUAAUAUUAUUCUAUCUCAACCAGACCUAUUAGAAAAACUUCCGUAGAUUUCUGCAAUCAAAUUUGAAUUGCUUCAGGUUUUCAUCGAUCGCUUCCCGAAACAGUCGUGUGCGGAAACGAAAUACCAAGACGAGGUCGUGAAGAGCGGCUGGAUCGUCUAAUAAAUAUUAUUGUUACAACCGCACCUUGUGACCCGCUGGCAGAUCCAGAUGGGAGAAGGGGGGUCACAGUAGCAGUAGCUAGUAGUUGUACUAAAAAGUAGAGAUCUGUUGCUGUAUUGAAAUGCUGAGCUCGAGUUUUUAAGUAAUUUGAUCCCGAUUUGCACAUCCUUAGACACUUGAAUUACAGAGACAAUUAUGUUGGGUGCGGGUGACGUGGUAAUACCACUCACUCGACACUGAGUGAAACUUGAUUCCGAUUGAAGAUUCCGAUUGAAGAUUCCGUUUUGACGAUUCCGAUUGCAAUGAGAUGGUAUGGGCGCAACAAGAACAACCGUAGAUGCACGACAGCGCUUGAUGAUAUAGGCUCCGCCAGAGCCGCAUAGUUUGACAGAUGAAGAUCCAUUUGGAAUUGAGGAUAAGAACAAGAUGUAUAAUAGCCGUGCCGUCUUUUGGAUUUAUCGAUGAAAUAGUAUAAAUAUACAUAUAAUUACUGCAUCUUACAACUGAGAUGCGUCGCGAAAUUGAAGAGCAUCUAGCAGUCUCGAAAACAUGGACUUUCCAAUAUGAAGCACGAAGAUCUGUUGUCAGGCUUUGAACGUGAUGUAUAGACAAGAAAGGGAUCAAUCAUUGAAGACAGUUGAAGACGAAUGAGGAGCAACGACUAGUAGAUGUGUCUCAUCUGUGAUGAUUCCUAGAAAAAUCAUUCCUCACAAUUAUCG